AUGGCUGGGAGAUGUCAUCAAAACCUUCCCCCACACCAAACAAACUCAAGAUUCUUGUGGCGCAAUCUUCCUUUCUUUUUUUUCCUCGACAGUAUAUCCAUGUUCGCAUUCGGCUUUUUCCUCCUUCCAACCCCCUCUUCACUCGCCACUCGUGGCGAGCUUCCAAAUUCAGAAACCACACCACGCCACCCAUACAUCUAUCCAUCUGCACGAGUGCGGCGCGACGCUUUGCCAACCCACCGAUCCCCACUAAUUAACUCGGGUGUGGAGUGUAUUAAGUGGGUGAGUGGGUGGAUGAAAGCUAUGGUAACGCAAGGACGCCCGCGUGGUAAAAUGGGGGUCGUGCGGGCGGUUACGUUGCUUGGCAGUCUUACGGCCUUCAUGCGGGCUGAUAGCCAACCGCUAUUAGUGAGGGAUUCUUGGGCGUAUCAUGUGACUUCUGUAGGUAAGUUCUGAGGUGUUGGGAAUUGAUGUAUGAGUUGGUGUGGUUGUGGAGGCGGGGGUUAGGGAUGGUAGACAAGGUUUUGUAUGGAUGAUAUAAUACGAGUAUUGGUAGAUGAAGCACUCCUGGGUUCCAUGAAGGCUACUCGCAUGCCAACAUUUCAUCUCAUAUCUGUGCCAGGAGCUUACGUGACUUGGAAUAUUUUCAUUCGUUACACUAUUCUAUGAUAUCCAUUUCAUCUCCUAAGCUGUUGAUUGUGUCUUAGUUCUCCAAGUGAUUCUGCAGCAUUAGACUUUUGAUCUACGACGAGUCCUACUUGUUCUUCUACUGGCUUGCUCUCGUGGGCGUUACGAUUUUCUUUGUGGUUUUGAUCAUUCCAAUCUUGUUCCGAGCCCUUAUUGCCCUUUGCCUUGUUUUCAUCUUGUAGCGAUGGGAACUCCAAUCUAGUCGAUCGCGAAUACGAAGUCAACAAGUCACUCUCUUG